CAGACGUGACCCUAAUCCAAUAAGAGUGGAAGGAUGAGUCCCGCAGAGCCAAUAACGAGAGUCCGAGAGACGGCGGAGGCGGACUCUGUGAGGAAACAAGAAGACAGGCCCAAGAUGGAGGCGGCGGCGGCUGUAGCGGCGUGACAGGAGCCCCAUGGCACCUGCCCAGCCCCACCUCAGCCCAUCUUGACAAAGUCUAAGGCUCCAUGGAGCCACCACGGGGCCCCCCUGCCAAUGGGGCCGAGCCGUCCCGGGCAGUGGGCACCGUCAAAGUGUACCUGCCCAACAAGCAACGCACGGUGGUGACUGUCCGGGAUGGCAUGAGUGUCUACGACUCUCUAGACAAGGCCCUGAAGGUGCGGGGUCUAAAUCAGGACUGCUGUGUGGUCUACCGACUCAUCAAGGGACGAAAGACAGUCACUGCCUGGGACACAGCCAUUGCUCCCCUGGAUGGCGAGGAGCUCAUUGUCGAGGUCCUUGAAGAUGUCCCGCUGACCAUGCACAAUUUUGUACGGAAGACCUUCUUCAGCCUGGCGUUCUGUGACUUCUGCCUUAAGUUUCUGUUCCAUGGCUUCCGUUGCCAAACCUGUGGCUACAAGUUCCACCAGCAUUGUUCCUCCAAGGUCCCCACAGUCUGUGUUGACAUGAGUACCAACCGCCAACAGUUCUACCACAGUGUCCAGGAUUUGUCCGGAGGCUCCAGACAACAUGAGGCUCCCUCGAACCGCCCCCUGAAUGAGUUGCUAACCCCCCAGGGUCCCAGGCCCCACACUCAGCACUGUGACCCGGAGCACUUCCCCUUCCCUGUCCCGGCCAACGCCCCCCUGCAGCGCAUCCGCUCCACAUCCACUCCCAACGUCCAUAUGGUCAGCACCACGGCCCCCAUGGACUCCAACCUCAUCCAGCUCACUGGCCAGAGUUUCAGCACUGAUGCUGCCAGUAGUAGAGGAGGUGGUGAUGGAACCCCCCGGGGGAGCCCCAGCCCAGCCAGCGUGUCCUCGGGGAGGAAAUCCCCACAUUCCAAGUCACCAGCAGAGCAGCGUGAGCGGAAGUCCUUGGCCGAUGACAAGAAGAAAGUGAAGAACCUGGGGUACCGGGACUCAGGCUAUUACUGGGAGGUACCACCCAGUGAGGUGCAGCUGCUGAAGAGGAUCGGGACGGGCUCGUUUGGCACCGUGUUUCGAGGGCGGUGGCAUGGCGAUGUGGCUGUGAAGGUGCUCAAGGUGUCCCAGCCCACCGCUGAGCAGGCCCAAGCUUUCAAGAAUGAGAUGCAGGUGCUCAGGAAGACGCGACAUGUCAACAUCUUGCUGUUUAUGGGCUUCAUGACCCGGCCGGGAUUUGCCAUCAUCACACAGUGGUGUGAAGGCUCCAGCCUCUACCAUCACCUGCAUGUGGCUGACACACGCUUCGACAUGGUCCAGCUCAUCGACGUGGCCCGGCAGACUGCCCAGGGCAUGGACUACCUCCAUGCCAAGAACAUCAUCCACCGAGAUCUCAAGUCUAACAACAUCUUCCUACAUGAGGGGCUCACGGUGAAGAUCGGUGACUUUGGCUUGGCCACAGUGAAGACUCGAUGGAGCGGGGCCCAGCCCUUGGAGCAGCCCUCAGGCUCUGUGCUGUGGAUGGCAGCUGAGGUGAUCCGUAUGCAGGACCCGAACCCCUACAGCUUCCAGUCAGAUGUCUAUGCCUACGGGGUUGUGCUCUACGAGCUCAUGACUGGCUCACUGCCUUACAGCCACAUUGGCUGCCGUGACCAGAUUAUCUUUAUGGUGGGCCGUGGCUAUCUGUCCCCGGACCUCAGCAAAAUCUCUAGCAACUGCCCCAAGGCCAUGCGGCGCCUGCUGUCUGACUGCCUCAAGUUCCAGCGGGAGGAACGGCCCCUCUUCCCCCAGAUCCUGGCCACAAUUGAGCUGCUGCAACGGUCACUCCCCAAGAUUGAGCGGAGUGCCUCGGAACCCUCCUUGCACCGCACCCAGGCUGAUGAGUUGCCUGCCUGCCUACUCAGCGCAGCCCGCCUUGUGCCUUAGGCCCCGCCCAAGCCACCGGGGAGCCAGUCUCAGCCCUCCACGCCAAGGAGCCUAGCCCACCAGCCAAUCAAUGUUCGUCUCUGCCCUGAUGCUGCCUCAGGAUCCCCCAUUCCCCACCCUGGGAGAUGAGGGGGGUCCCCAUGUGCUUUUCCAGUUCUUCUGGAAUUGGGGUCCCCCCAAAGACUGAGCCCCCUGCCUCCAUCAUUUGGUUUCCUCUUGGCUUUGGGGAUACUUCUAAAUUUUGGGAGCUCCUCCAUCUCCAAUGGCUGGGAUUUGUGGCAGGGAUUCCACUCAGAACCUCUCUGGAAUUUGUGCCCGAUGUGCCUUCCACUGGAUUUUGGGGUUCCCAGCACCCCAUGUGGAUUUUGGGGGUCCCUUUUGUGUCUCCCCCGCCAUUCAAGGACUCCCCUCUUUCUUCACCAAGAAGCACAGAAUUCUGCUGGGCC